AUGACGGCAUCUACUUUCCAGACAUCAAGGUGUCAACACUUGAGAGAGAAAUGUAACACAAUCCCUGAAUGUGAAAGUAUCUGGAAACCUAUUGAAAGUUUUUGUAGCAUUCCAGAUAACAGCUGUGCAGUGCAGGAAUCAGAGACCUGUUAUGCAGUCAUCAAGUUCUUGGUUUCCGAAUUACCAGAAUUUAAAGACUGCAAUUGCACAAAAGAUGGCUGCGAUAUCCAAAUGUCGCUUGACAAAGAAUGUUUCGGCAAUCAAGGGCAGCCAGCUCCUUCAUCAGCCCCAGAUAUUCAGAUUAAAUUCCCGCAGCUGACAAAAUGGAAAGAGAUUGCACACCCGGGCCUAUCUGAAAAGGACUGCAUUACUGAUUUUUUUAUUGCAGAUCAUAGAAACACAGAAGCAGAGUGGAAGUUGUCCACUCUUUCUAAUGCUGAAUACAAACCACAGCACUCCUGCCUCCACGUACAAGCAGAAUGUCUUAGUGACACAGUCUGUAACAGGCAGUUCUCUAACUACCUUCUCAAUUGCCAAGCAAGUGGAACUCCAUGCCACGUGAAUCAAUGCAAAAGAGCACUAGGGAACUUCUACCGAAAUAUGCCGUUGAAUGUUGCCCAGAAGUUGACGUUUUGUGACUGCGAAGAGUUGGAUGAGAAAUGUCUUCACUCCCAAGAACUGCUUCAUGGCAAACUGUGCACUGACUUAGCUCGAGCUCCUUCAUGUCUCAGCAUGUUUCAAACAUGCCAAGGCCACAGUCUCUGCCAGAAGAAAUACAAAGCGUUUACAUCCGAGUGUUUAAACGGUAUCUCCCAAUCGUGCCUUGAAAAUAAUGCCUGCAUGGAAUAUUUGGACACAAAGGAUUUUAAUUGCUCUGACAGUGAUGGCUGCAAAAAAGCUUAUGUAGACAUGUGGGGAAUCCUCCGUCCUGUGGAGUGCACUUGUGACAUGAGAUCACCUGCAGAACAAGCUUCGUGCAAGCUGUUUCAUCAUAUCCUCCAAAGCCAUUCCUGCUUUAGUCAGAUAGCAGGCAGAAAGGCUGAGAAUUACCCAUUACUUACUGAUCUACCUGAAACAAAACCUUCUGCAACACACAAGAAGUCCAUGUUUGUUGGUGACACAAUCUACAUUGCUAUGUAUUCCUGUUGCACAAUUCUUAUCCUGGGAUUAGUCCUGCUGGCUUUUCUUAAGACCAGAGCUUUCGCAAAGCAGACAAAGACCCCAUCACCUGCUCAUCUAUCAGAGAGGCUUAUGAUUCCUCAGCAACCAUGGAUCGUCAACUGCAUGGAUAAUGAUCUUCCAGGCUCUUCUCAUAGCCAGCCCCUUACACCUCUACCAUGA